AUGGCUACUUCUGUAGAAAGGAACCUUAAACCACUUACUAUCAACUUUCAACUGGUGCGUCCGUCAUGGUUUUUCAACGGUACCCUCUGUAGAGUAAUUGGCUGGGUCAAACUUCAUGUCUAUUUUACGAAGGCCGUCUUCUUCAUCCUUGGUUUGAUUUCUAGCCACAGCUUCGUAAACAAUGCUGUGGUGGUUCUGUGGAUGGAUUACCUCAUUGGUCAGGGGCAACCGCUUCCACUUGCUGCUAUUGCUUUGAAUGUUCAAGAAGGUUUAUAUGUCAUUUGCACUUUUCUCAUUGCUAACAUAGCCGAUGCCUACAGUACAGGACCUUAUAAAGCAAUAGUUUUCAGCACUGCUUCAUAUGCAUUCGGACUGUUGCUAUGGUUUCUUGCUAACCGGUUCUGGGGCAAUUCAUCCUCCACCGUGGUUAUACUACUUUUUCUGAUGAUGGUACUAGUAACUGUGGGCAAGGCAAGUCAGGAUCCUUGUUUAAAAGCAUUUCUACGUGAUCAAUUAGUCGAGCAUAAACCUAACCUUAACGCAGAUAACGACCAAGCUGACGAGGUUCCUAGUAAACCAGACAUCAGUAUAGAUUAUGACAACGCUGAGGUUCGAAGAAAAUUUUGGUGGCGCAUUGCUUCUACGGUGGGCACUGUCUCGUCUGUGAUAAUGGCCAGAUCAGUUUCUGAUCAGAGAAUGAUCACUGUGAUUUCAUUUUCGGUUAUGGCAUUGGCUUGUUUAACCUUUGCGUUAGGAAAAAGCUCUUACUACCCCGACAAACCAACUGGAAGCCCCCUUAUCGUUAUUUAUAGAGUUCUUAAUGCAGCUUUACCCAUUUCAAUGGGUUAUGGGAAUUUGGAUGAGAUACAUAGAGUGUUUAUGGAUCUAUAUGCCACCAUGAUUUCCCUUUGGGCAGGUGGUGUACACAGGUGGCUGGACAAAGCUGCUCUUUUAGAGACAUCCAAAUCCCUCUCAGCUGAAGAACAGGAGCAAAACGGGAGACUUCUCCCAGUCCGAGAUGUGCAACGAGUAAAGCAACUUCUUGCAUUGCUUCCUAUGUGGACAGCACUCCCCAUCCACGGCCUCGUUCUGGCAACGGGUUCGACUUUCUUUGUUGUGCAAAGUGAAAGCCUCGAUCCUGAUCCUGUUUUGUCUAUAAAUGUUCUGUUUCUACUUCAGGGUUUCGUAACAGUUAUAGUUCCAUACGUCCAUGACUUUUUAGUAUCCAGAUGGAUUAAAAAACUUCCGAUGCAUCAUGUUAGACCGAUAUGGAUUCAAAAACUUCUGAAGAAUCGCAAUUGGGAUAGCGUGCUCUAUAAUCUGUUGCAUGGUAUCAAUGCUGAUGAAUCUUUGGAACAUUAUGAAUCGCCAUUCAACGAGUCUGCAAUUGGCGUUGGGAAGUUCCUGAGUGCGGCACUUGUUCUUACUUUGUCAGGCAGCUGGUUUCAUGACACUCUGAAAACAAGUCAUCUGGACAAAUAUUACAAGGUGUUAGGGUUGUAUCCAAUCUCCAUGAUCAAAGAGGACAAGAAACUGACAGUGAUAGUGGUAGGGGAUAUUGAUCCAACACUUGUAGUGAGCAAAUUGAGAGAACUGCGAGCAGAGGAGCACUAA